AUGAUGAGCGACUCGAAUAUAAUGCCGACUGCCAUUACGACGGACGAGGUCGCAUGCAUCGAUUGCCAACCUGAUCCGGCGCAUCCAUCCCCAGCUACCGCUACAGCGACCAUUACCACUAUUCCGACCGAAGAUAGUAGAGAGAAGGAGCAACACAUUGAAGAGGUGGAAGACUUGACGAAUCCGUCGACUUUUGUCCCGCCACUCAGCAGUGUAGAUGGCCUGCCUACGCCGUUGGUCGUGAUUGAAUACUGCCAGCGGUGCAAGUUCGGCCUGCGCGCAAACUGGUUCCAGCAAGAGCUGCUGUCCACGUUCGCUCCCUCUCCACCCAAUCUUGAAGCAACAGGUACCACAGCAAGCGUAGCGAGCGUCAUGCUCAUCCCCAAAGUCGACGACAUUUCGUCGGGCAGAUUCAGGAUCUACAUCGCCACAGCACAAACAGCGAAGGAAGCAAAGCAAGGAAAAGGAGGGCUGAAGCUGCUCUGGGAUCGAAAGGUCGAAUCUGGCUUCCCAGAGAUGCGCAUCCUCAAACAGAAGGUGAGGGACCUGAUCAAUCCGGAUUUUGGACUUGGUCACAGCGAUAAGAAGUAG